UUAAAAAGCAAUGCUGAAAUUAAAUUGCGAAUAAGAAUGAUAUAACAGUUAUCUGUAUCUUUAAAAUAAUUCGCUGGAAUUAUUUACAAAUUCACGUAAUUCUGUUUCCGCGAUUACUUGAAACAUGAAUAUGGAAUCUUCCGCUAGCUUUAGACCUAUCAUGAACAGUAACUUCAGUUACGCCAUGCCGGGUCAUCUAUUCCCACCGCCAUCUUUGGCCAUGCGGGAGAGACCAAUGUUGCCGGAUUUCGGUGGACCCUUCCAUCUAGGGACUUACCACGAAGUAUCCGGCAUUCCUUGCCGGACUCCGUCCCCUUCUUCGGUGAUGGGGGUGGUCGGCAACCAUUCUCCUUCUUCCCCGAGCGACACGGGAAACACUGAUGGUCAAGAUACUGCUGAUGAGCACCCACCUGCUAGUACAGAUGACGAGUGUUCUUCAAGGGACAUAAACGGACGUUCAGAAUCUCACGGCCACGACAGUAAAUCUUCACACGAUACUUUCCCCUCCAACAACUCUUCCCUUCCAGGCAUCCCAAACAGCAAAAAGAACUGUCGCCACGCCAAGUCCGUCCGACUAAGCAUCAACGCCCGGGAGCGACGCAGGAUGCAUGACUUGAACGACGCCCUGGACGAGCUGCGGUCCGUCAUUCCUUACGCCCACUCGCCCUCGGUGCGGAAGCUCUCCAAGAUCGCCACCCUCUUACUCGCCAAGAACUACAUUCUGAUGCAGGCGAACGCCCUCGAGGAGAUGAGGCGGAUCCUGGCCUGCGUCAACCAGGCCGGGGUGGCCCUGCCUCCAGCCGCUGCAGCUGCAGCUGCGGCCGCCUCCAUGCCCGUGCUGACGGAAGGGGCGUUCCCGCCGCCCACCUACGGAAGCCCCAGGCAAGAAAAGGAGCCGGGAAUGGGAGUCUUGUACCCUGGGGCCCCGGCUUGUGAUCAGUGCGAGAAGCCCUGAUGGUGUCCGAGAUGAAAAUUAGUGAUAUGAAUCAACUGAUCUUUCAUUUAUUGAGAUCUUUCUGUGUAGAGAAAGGAUAGAAUAACAUGGGAUUUCCACAUCAAAUACAAUUUGUUACCUUUGGUUUGUUGAAUGAAAAUGAAUGAUUUCAAGGGAAAUCAUAGAUGGAAGAUAAAAAUUGGUUUUCAUUGAGGAAAAUAGCAACUGGAUUGAGUGACUAAAAAUGUUUAGCGAACUUUUCCACACUUUGCAAUUUUUGUUAAUGAAAAAGAAAUUAAAUAGAAGGAAUGACUUGUUUUAAAACGAAUGAACAUGUGAAAUUAGUUUCAGAGUUUAAACUUGUUAUGCACAUUUUAAUCAUGUGACGAGCGAGUUUUGCUGUUUAGCUGCAUGUGAGGAUGAGACUCAAAGCUAGUCUUACACACAAUCUAAGAAUAGAUACUUGUUUAUUGUCUUUGCUUCAAUAAAUGCAAACUGAAAAGCUUGUUUUAUUAUUUAAAGAGUCUCAAAAAACUUUGUAGCUCAAUAACUUCGAAGUAUGAUACGACUGGUGAAGUUAAACUUCAAGAAUAGAAAAUAUUUGGAGUUGAUUUGUUUCUGAAAACUUUUCUGGGAAUGCAUGGAACUUUACUAUUUGCUCUCCUUUCUUUCUGAGAGAAAAACCGAACAAGAAAAUACUUAAUUUAAUUCAAUCAGACAGGUGGCAUGAUGCAACUCUGAAGAGACUGAAGUGAUAUUUAUAAUUUAUGAAAUGUCUUUCUGUUUUUACGGAUGAGAAUUUCGAGUCCAAUAUCAAACGUCUUACAUCUUUCAUGUGUGUUUAUUAGAUAUUGAUAUUUAAUAACUAUAUUGCUAAUAGAUAUGAACUUAAGAAGCGUCAUACACACAAGAAUGGCGAAUUAAACUCUCAAAGAUAUUAAAUUGAAGAGAAAACCUAACAUUCGUGAACUAAACUACUGAUUCAAAAACUACGGAAGGAAGCUGCUAUAAACUUAAAAUAUUGUAGUAUUUCAAGUACAGUUACCAUUCUAGCUUGUUUUCUUAUCAAGAAUUAAUAAUUUCGAUUAGCUGAAGAUCAAACUAAUGAUAAUUAACGAAAGAAGUAAAAAUGAGUGGUAUUGCUUAGUAGCGCUUAUGCCUUUAAACAGUUUUUUCAUUAAUUUAAAGAUUCAUUUUCUUUCAGACAGUUAAUAUCUUAUUUCCAAUUAUUUGUUUUUUUUUUCUUUAGUGAUCCAAAACUUUAGUUAUAAUCGAAAGAAAAUUGGAAAAUAAAUAUAAAAAUGUGAUAAAAAUUAUUUCAAAAGAUUUUAAUCUUGUCAUUACGUAAACGUUUGAAAACGUUAAGUUUUGUUAUUUAAAGGAACCAACUUUUUUAAUCCCUUAAAAAGAAACUUGAGAUAAAAAGUUUAAUAAAAAAUUAUGUAAAUUGGAAAAGAUCAUUGGUUAAAAAAAUGAAAAAUUACAUUGUAUGCAUACAGUCUGAAGCCAGAUACAAUUCCCGGUAUAUUAUUAAAUGCUGCACUUAUAUGUAUAUAAUUUGUUGUACAAAACUGAACUAUCAGCAAUUCGUUGCUCAAUAGAUCACAUAUAAUCGAAUAGUUGAGUUUGUAUCCAAUAUUUAUCCAAAAUAGAUUUUUCUUCAAUGUGCGUUUUAAGGUUGAUUACUUAUGGAAA